AGUACCCUAGAACUCAAACGAAAAAGGGUUAAUUAAGAUAUAUGAGCUAGAGUGCAUCCCCAACUAAAACUCCCGUUUCUCUUAUCACUUCAAUAAAAAUUGAAUGGAAGAACCUAGACGGUGGACUGUGUCACAGUGAAUAAGCAAGAUUGCCAUGUGAGAUUCUGAGAGUGAGACGGCGCGGGGGAGAAAACGAAGAAGAAAAACGAAGGCUGGCCGAAGCAAAACGAAAAAGGAUUACAGGGUAAAAAUGACAUCGUAUUGACUAGGAGAGUUGAUCUGCCAAGGCUGCCAUAUCUGCAGACUCAUAAGAUUUACUCCAAAUGACUACUUCAUCUUUGGCAGUCUCUCUUCUUCUUCUUCUUUUGUGCCUCCUCCUUUCUCAGGCUCAAGGGAUUCGUCUGGAGAAGGGAUUCAGCUCAGUUAGACAGCAGAACAAAAAUAUCCAAGAAGAGGAAAAUGCUUCAAUGAAAAGAAGUAAUAUUGCAGCAGCUGGUCUUGCAGGAGAGCCUAGUAAUAUUGCAUCAUCAGGAAGAACUAGAAAACUAAUCUCUGUGACUUCCCCCUCUAGUGCUACUACCACUUCAAAGAAUGAUAAGAAAGGAAGGAAAAAUAGAGCUGACUCCGAACCGAAAGGCGAAAAUGUUAAUAGCCAUGGUGGAGAAGAUGGGAAUGGCAAAGCAAAAUCACCAUUUGUUUCUAAGCAGCAGGAGGCGGCUGCAGCUCACCAACACUAUCCGGAUCUCGCAGACAUGACGGAAAUGGACUAUUCUCCGGCGAAGAAAAAACCUCCGAUACACAACUGAACAACUGAUCAGUUUCUAGUAGUGAAGAUAAACAAAGAACUUAAAACCCAUAAUCUACUAGUGGAAAAGUGUUGGACAAAAUAAAAGAGGAAAUAUUAGAUUGAGAAGUUGGACAGCAUUACAGAAAAUGCUGCAGAAUUUAGGGCUAGCUAUCGGAAUUGAUGAUUUUGUGUACAUAGUACUAUGAUAUUCUAUUGGGAAUUUGUUAUUGUUUUAA